AUGGCAGAGAGCAUUGCCUCAAUUGUUAUAGAUAAUGUGCUUCAACUCAUAAAAGAUGAAGCAGAACUGCUACUUGGGGUAGCAGAUCAGGUCAGGACCCUCAAAGAUCAGCUCAAAGUAAUACGUUCCUUCCUUUUGCACAGCUUAUGCAACGAAAGGGUUCGUCAUCUACAUGGACCAAUAGAGGAGCUGGUUGAUCAAUUGAGAGAUAUAGCUUAUGAUGCUGAGGAUACCAUCGACACAUACCUUUGGAGUGAAGGUUGUUGCAAAUGGCUUCCUCGCUUCUUUUGCAACCUAAAAACUGACUAUCAGGUUGGGAAACAGAUUGAAGACAUAAACCAAAGGAUUGAUCGUAUUAAGGGAGACUUGCCUUUGUAUGGAUACAAUCUAAAGCAAGCUGUAGAAUUUUCUGAACAGGGCAUGAAGCAGAAGUCAAGAAAGGCUCCUGUUGUUGAAGAAAAUGAGGUAGUUGGCUUUGAUGAUGAAUCAAAGAGGAUAAUAAGCCGAUUGCUCCAAGGAGACAACCAUCUCACAGUCAUCUCAAUCUUGGGUAUGGGCGGUAUUGGUAAGACUACCCUUGCCAAGAAAGUCUACAAUGACCUUGUGAUCAAGAAGUACUUCAAACAAGGUUGUGCUUGGGCAUAUGUGUCCCAAGAAUACAGCCAUAAACAGCUUCUGCUAGUCAUUCUAAAAGCUUUCAAGAAAUUAACAAAGGAGAAUGAAAUGCAGGAGGAAGAGAUUGGGGAGCAGCUUUUGCAAUGCCUCAAGGGGAAAAGGUACUUGAUUGUCUUCGACGACAUUUGGCACAGUAAAGUCUGGGAAGGAUUGAAAAGAUUCUUUCCUGAUAAUAAUAAGGGGAGCAGAGUGUUGUUCACAACUCGUGUAAAACAUGUAGCAAAGGAAGUUGAUCCAUCUCCACAUCAUUUGCAUCUGCUCAACCCUGAUGAGAGUUGGGAACUACUUCAAAAGAAGGUGUUCCGAGGAGAAAAAUGUAACAAGCUAUGGGAAGAAUCUGGGAGGCAGAUUGCCAAGAAAUGUGGUGGCCUUCCAUUAGCUAUCAUUGUUCUUGGUGGUGUAUUGUUUUACACAAGGAAGACAUUUGAACAGUGGUCUAAUGCAGUUCACUGCGUGAGUUCUAUCCUUUCUGAGCGUCCAGAGGAUUGCAAAGAGAUAUUGAAGUAUAGCUAUGAUGAUUUACCUCUUCAGUUGAGAGCUUGCUUCCUCUAUUUUGCUGUUUUCCCUGAAGAUUUCGAGAUUCCUGCAAAACGGUUGAUUCGACUAUGGGUUGCUGAAGGACUAGUUCAAGUCCCUCCAGGUACCAAUGAAACAAGAGAGGAAGUCGCAGAACACUACUUGGACGAGCUAAUUGAUAGAAGCCUCAUUGAAGUGGUGAAGAGAAGAUCUAAUGGUGGUGUGAAGACGUGUAAAAUCCAUGAUCUUCUCCGGGAUGUUUCCAUCGAUGAAGCCUGGAAGCAAAAAUUUAUCUUCCAGUUUAGGGAGCGAGUCACUGAUGAACAAUCGAUUUCCAUCAUACCACGACGACUAGCUGGAAAGUCUAGUCUUCUGAGGUACAUUUACUCAAACUUUUCUUCUAAACCACUUCACUCUAUUCUCUGCUUCAUCCAAGGUGAACCAGUUCAUGACAUUAAUACUUACUUGACAUCUUUCUGCAAUAACCUUGGGACGUUUCUUAGAGUGUUGGACCUUGAGGGUAUAGUUGUUGAUAACUUACCAAAUGAAAUUGGUAAACUGUUUAACUUGAGGUACUUGAGCUUGGGUAGAACAACAAUUACAGAGCUUCCAGAUUCAAUUUGCAACCUGAGGAAUCUCCAGACCUUAGAUGUAAGAUCUAAGGGCAUUCACUCUAUACCUUCAGGGAUCUGGAAAUUGAAAAAAUUAAGGCAUGUGUACCUCCAAGGUCAGAUUUGCCUUCCCCCACCCUCGUCCACAAUGGACAAUGAACCCUCUUUGGUGGCUCUCCAAACUCUAUCCACAAUAUGUCCCAGUAGCUGUACUCAAGAGAUCUUUGCCCAAAUGCCCAAUCUAAUCAAAUUAGGGAUAUAUGGAGACUUGCAAUCCAACUUGAAGUCUUUAUCCAAGGGUAGGGACAAAUUGCACCAACUCAAGUCAUUGAAGUUGAAACGAAACCUUACUUCUGCACCUGUCACAAUGCUUCCAAGAAAGUUUCCAGAAAACCUCACAAAGAUCAGUUUACACAACACUGAACUGGAAGCAGACCCCUUGCAGCAGUUAGGGCAGCUACAGAACCUCCAGAUCCUGAAAUUGAUGGAGCAAUCUUAUGUGGGAUACACACUAUACUUCAAUUCUGAAGAUUUCAAAUGCUUGCAAGUCCUGCAGCUAAUGAACUUCUACGAGCAUAAAUUCGAAUUGGAAAUGGAAGAAGGAGCAUUACCAAGCCUUGAACAACUGGUUAUCCACAAUUGCCAUUCUCUACAGAAGGUUCCUGAUAAACUGUGGGGCUUGACCACUAUGAAAAUAAUAAACUUGUGGGAGCCAUCGGCACCAGUGAGAAGUGUGAUUCUGCAGAAGGAAAAUGAGAUAAAGCAACGGUGCAAGAUCGAGAUGUUUCCACCGGAGACACACUAG